GGAGUCCGGCGGCCCCCACCGCCCACCUCCCCCCUCCCUCCCUCUCUCACACACACACAGAGGUGGACGAGGAGGGGAGACGCACAUUUGGCAUCGCUGCCCCUCCGAGAGGCACAAGAGGAGACUCACCUGUCCUGCUGUCGACUGGAGUUUCACAAAAAAAGACAACUUGAGUCAGUGAAGGAAGACAAACCGGGCGAAAGCGACCUUCCUAGAUAUCAUCCUGUUGACGGUGGGUUACCAGCGAGGUCUUCGUAGCGGACACCUGAAGGAAGCGCGGAGUCGUCCGUCACACGGGAAGAAAAGCGGCGCUGGACUGCCUCGGGGCCCUUUGUCUCUGACGGGCCAGCUUUGGGUGAAGGAAUGUCUGAAUCUCUCGAGAAGCUAAGUGCGGUGGAGCUGGGAGCGAUCCUUGAUUCCGAAUCCCUCCCCGUUGGCAACUGUGGCUCCGGAGUCAUGUCACCAGUGGUUGUGGUGCCUCCUCCCUACUCAGCGGCAGAAGCUCCCCUAGAGUUGCGAGGCUCUCUGGACUGCUGGGCCUGCUCUGUCCUUAUCUCCUUGCAGAACCUCGUCAUAGCUGCCAUCAACCUGAGCCUUAUCUCGCUCAUCUUUGGCCUUGUCCUCACACCUGCCUCAGUCAUGCUGGCUUUUGGAUUCCUCUGUCACUCCAAGGUUCAACCCAUUGGUGCCGUCCCAUACUGCUCUGCCUUGCUUAACGAUGCCGGCUGCACAGCGCUUAUCGUAGUGGGAUUCCUGCUGGUCCCACCCUUACUGGUGCUGGCAUUAGCUGCCUAUUGCCGUGUUGCCCGCCAUCUCCAGCUGGGGUUGUGUUUCAUCCCUUAUAGCCGAGCAGUGUACAAGAACCUGCCUGCAUCCCAGUACCGUGGCCUGGGCUUGUGCUGUGAGGGGCCUGGGGAUGUCGACGAUCAGGGCGGUGGGAAGGUCUGGGUGUGAAGUGUUGGUCGUGCAAUUCUGACAGUUUCACUGCUUGUAUGAUUCGAACAAGGUAUGGACACUGAAGUGCCCUCAACAUUAUGAAGGAAACACAGACCAGAAGGGGAACUGAGUGGGAUCAACGGUCAGUCAUCAAACUAAGAAGUUUACCUUUACUGAGAUGAUGCUGUGCAUACGAGUAUUUGCCUUAUGAUAAAUAAAGUACAUUGAGCGUUGUGUCAUUGUCA